GGGGAUUCGUGUAUAGUAUAGCAGUCGAGUGGGAGCUAGGGUUUUAAGCUCUGUACACUCGACCUUUUCCCCCAUUGCGCUACAUUCAAAUUCCUCAAAUAUAAACAACGACUCCUGUACGUCAUCGUAUCUCUUUCGUAAUCGGAACCUUCAUGCACGUGUAACAGUGAUUAUACAUUUGUGCAGUCGAAUGGCGGAACUGAUUCUAGAGGCAAAAGAUGCAGGUGACUGGAUUUACAGAGGAGAAGGAGCUGCAAAUCUCAUUCUCUCCUAUACUGGAUCAUCUUCUUCUUUUGUUGGAAAAGUGUUAAGGGUACAAAAAGUUAAGAAAAAUGGUAUCAGCUGUGAGGAACUUUCUUCAGUUUUAUCUGUACAUGAGUGCCUCCUAUGGAAAGAAGAUUGUGACCUCUUAUCGGCUCCAACAAGGGAAAUUGCAGAACAUGUUUACGUGCAGCAUGUAAUGCGUCCAUUGUUAGGUUCCGAUCAUGUUGAUGCUGGGGUUCGUGUUCUUGUAUCAAGGGACUUCCUUGAAGCCUUGGGGAAGAAUAUUCUUUCUCAGCGUCCUUCAUGGAGAGUUAAUGACGCAGAUGUCAAUACGCAGUGUGAUUACGCGCUACUUAUAUCUGAUCAUUCAGUUUUUCCUCAGGCUCUUCAUGAUGGGGAGCUUUCUAUAUCUGUAGAGAUAAAGCCUAAGUGUGGAUUUCUUCCAUGUUCACGAUAUAUUCCAGAAGAACAUGCAAUCAAAAGGAGUAUGACCCGUUUCAAGCUACACCAGAGCCUCAAAUUGCAACGAAAGAAGAUACCACAGUUAAGUCAAUACGACCCGUUAGACAUGUUCUCCGGAUCCAAGGAAAGAAUAUUAAAAUCAAUUAAAGACCUCUUCUCUACCCCCCAAAACAAUUUCCGCGUGUUUUUGAACGGUUCGCUUGUGUUUGGGAGCUUAGGUGGUGGGAAAUACAUAACUAACGUUCACCAUGAUAAAGCUUUUGAAGACGAACUGAAGUCCGUUAUCGAAGCUGACGAUGGCACACGUACAACUUGCUUUUUGGAACUUGUUUCCGAGGCCGUUUCUAGAUCAGGAUUGUUAAAUCGGCUUCUUGAAGUUCAAAAACUUGAUGUUUUCGACAUAGAAGGGGCGAUACAUGCGUAUUAUGAUGUCGUUUCUCAGCCGUGUGUGAUUUGUAAAAAGUUAGGUGAAGAUAAGUUAUCAGGUAGAUACAGUUCUGUGCACUCGUUACCGUUGGAUGGAAGUUUGAAGAUUGUGAGAGAGUAUUUGAUUUCUGCGACUGCGAAAGAUUUGAGUCUCAUGAUUAGUUUUCGAACAAGGGAAAAGGGGGAUCCGAAAUCUCCGUAUAACGUUAUUUAUCAUGAAUCUACUGGCCAAAGGUUUGAUUAUAAGGUAUCUUUUAUUGACCUUGAUAUGAAACCUUUGGAAAAGAUGAUAUAUUAUUACGAGCUAGACCAAAAAAUACUCCGUUGCUAUACAAAGAUGAUGGAAAUGAUAAAGCCGCCUGAAAACUCUGUAAAACAUGAAGAAAAAACUUCAUAUCAAGAGAAGUCCAUUGUUGAAGAUGUUAAUGGAGCAUAAGAGGAGACAUGGACCAAAGGGACUGAACGGAAGCUCUCAACACUACACGGGAGUGUGAUGCAUCGGCUACUUGGUGUGCCAACACAAGGAAGGAGACAUGAUCAAGACACACGUGGAAAUUGCUGCAUAACAUGCGUUGUCAUCGUCAUCACGUAGUGACUGAUUAUGCUUAAAGAAAUAUUGGGCUGGUUUAAAAAGCGGCAACACUUAUAAAAGGUCAAAUGAAAAAAAAAAAAACUAUGAGCAGAGUAAGCAAAGGUACCUAUUUCCUCGAAUUUUGAUUUGCUAAAGGAGUUGCUACUAAGUAUUAACGGGGCCAGAUUUUCAACGCAAAGAAAGCAAAUCGUUAGUGCUAUUUUGUGUAUGACAUGUUGGAGACUGUGGCAGUGCUGGAACGACAAAGUUUUCAAAGGCGUCGUCACUAGCUCAUCCCUCAAAAUGGUGGAAGAAAUAAAGGAGGCUUCAUACGAUUGGCUGCAGCACAGAACAAAGUUCAAUUUUCUGUUGUAAUCCUAUUGUUUUGCUGGAUGUGUUGAUUGUCACUGCUGGAUGCUGGUCCUCCUUAGUUCCUUGCUAGAGUGGUCAGUUUUUUUGUAUUGGUAAUAAAGUUUGUUUCGUUUGACUGUUUAAAAAAACCCUUGGCUAAAAGGGAAACGGGUCUAAAAUCACCAAAACUGAUUUGGUCAAUCCCAACCGGCCGCCCAACCAUUUUGCCACCUGUGAACCUGGAAUGGCCAAAGAGGAUAUAUUUUGAACUGUGCUUGCAUUUUGCACAGGAAAUUGACUCUUCCAACUGAAGAUUCUAGCAAGUUGUCCUGAGUCUAUUUUGACAUGUUUGACAUUUCACCAAGUUUAAAAGUGAUGAUGUGUACUCAAAUUUCUCAAUGCAUAUUCUGAGUUACCAAUUCUUUUGAGAGGAAAAGUUUAGGUGGUUGUCCUGUACACUAAAACCUAGUACGUAUAUGUUUUUUUAAACCUACUUAAUGUAUGUACUUUUUUUUGAA